UCCGGCGCUGGGGGCGGUUUCUGUCAGCUGUGGGUGGUGGGUACCAGGGACUGCGUCAUAGGUUGCCCCGGCCGGGAGGAGGCCGGGACACCGCGCCUCUGCGGGCGCCGUGAGGAUUCCAUCUGCCCGAGACUCGGGGGCGCGCUCAGAACGGCGCCGCAAGGCUCGGGGAGGCGCGGGGUCCGGCCUUCGCCAUCGGCGGUGGCUGGGCCGGAUCGCGCGACCCGCCCGGCGCGCAGGCCCCAUGGCCGACGCGGCGCAGCCCGGGUUGCCUGGCUGGAGUCAGUGUCCAUAGCAACACCAGAGACACCAGGGACACCAAGGGCCCCAUUGUCCCUGCGAGGGCUUGGUGAUAUUCGAGGAUGUGGCCCUGCAUUUCUCCCAGGAGGAGUGGGGUCUUCUCACUGUGGCCCAGAGGAGCCUGUACCGUGACGUGAUGCUGGAGAAUUUUGCUCUCAUUAGCUCGCUGGUCAGUUUUGGUAGUUUGUUCCCUGACAGAAGAACAGAGUGCCUUGACCAUUGUGACACCCACCCAGCCAGCCCAGCCAGCCCAGCCAGCCGCAGGUUUUCCCAGCAGGUUUCAGCCCAAGCCAAGACCUUGACCUUCCCAGGAACUGACAAAGGUUGCUUGUGUAGAGUGAAGGAUGAAGAAGCUCCUCCCAAGCAAGUGAAGAGUUGUGGAGUCCAUGUGGGAGGACAGCCCUGCUCGUGUGGAGAGCAGGGUGACAGCCCAGCCACUAAAGGCCUCCAGCCUCAAGCCCCUCUCAGUGAGGGGAAGGCACGAGGGAGCCCUGAGCACAGGCCAGCCCUCCCUAACCCAAGUCAAAAGUCACAGGGUGUCCAUGCCACACAGAAGCCCUUUAAGUGCAGUAACUGCAGAGAAAGCUUCCUGAAGGCGUUUGCUCUUCUCAACCACCUGAUAACCCACCCUGAAGAGAGACAUUCCCGAUGCCCAGUAGGCGGAAGUGCCCCCACCGAGAACUCGGCCCUUCCUGAUGACCAGAAAGACCUCCAUGAAGAAGAUGCCCAUGUGUGUGGUGAGUGUGGGAAAGCCUUCAACUAUGCAUCCAAACUGAGGAAGCACCAGAAGAUCCACAUGGGCAUUCGCCCUUUCCAGUGCAGCGAAUGUGGGAAGACCUUCAGCCGCAAAGAUGCCUUGGCGCUGCAUGAGAGGACUCACACUGGAGAGCGGCCAUAUGAGUGCAGCAGGUGCGGCAAGGCCUUCAGUGUGCUCUCCACCCUCAUUCGGCAUCGGAAGGUCCACCUUAGAGAAAGGCCCUACGAGUGCAGGGAGUGUGGAAAGUUCUUCAAGUACAACAAGAGCUUUGUUCUUCACCAGAGAGUGCACACUGGAGAGAGGCCCUUUGUGUGUGAGCAUUGUGGGAAAACCUAUGUGACCCGCUCGGGCCUGUACCAGCACUGGAAGGUCCACACUGGAGAGCGACCGUACGGUUGCAGCCUGUGUGGGAAAACCUUCACCACCCGCUCCUACCGCAACCGGCACCAGCAGUUCCACACCGGGGAGCGGGCCUACACGUGCACUGAAUGUGGGAAAGCCUUCAAGCACAGCUCUACCCUGCACCAGCACCGGAAAAUUCAUACGGCAGAGCCCUCCGAAGGCCAGCGCAGGCGGAGAAGCCGUCAGCGACUAGCAGCUGGCUCACCAGGAGAAAGCUUGUCCUGGAAAGGUGGGGAGAAGCAGCCUUCGUGAGGCGCCAUCUGAGAGAAGUGAGGCCUCUGACCUCCAGACACCACCCGGCACUCCAACAGACCUGGGAGAUUCCGCGCAUGCUGCCUGCACGGGACGCUUUGGGCCACGCUGCACUCUGCCUGCCCAAGCUGCUGUCACACCACUGCCAGCCUCUGACAAGCCGCCCACCUGCAGCAUUAGGCAGGUCCCCGCUGUGCAUGUCAGUCGCCCUCUGUGUCCAGGUAAACCGGCCCCGUGCCCCCCAUAGGAAGGAAUUGCGAACGUUGGAGCGCAUGACAGCCCCCCUGUUCCUGGGAGGCAUGGACAGGACUGUGCUGGCCAAGAGGAGCCAAGCCAUCCUCUUGGAAGCUUCGAGAUCUUGCCUGACAUCUUCAUGGACACUCAACACCGCUUGUGGUCGUUGUCCUGCCAUGGCAGUUGCUACUUCCUGCUGCUUGGGAAAUGUGGUAAUAAAAGCCUUGUUUAAGCCACA